AACCCUGUUCAUCUUCAUAACCACGAAAACACUCGAAAUAGUUUAAACCGUUUAAACGCACGUGGACCAAGUAAAUAAUAUUAUUAUCAGAAAAAUAUAUCGUCCCUUUUCCCUUAUAACGAAAUAUUGUUAAUAAUUAACAAAUAUGGGUGAACCGAAAGUCGACGAAGCAUCAAAAAAGAACAAAAGGAGACAUGAAUCCGAAAGUCAAAUGGAGGUUGACACCGUAAACGGAGUUGAAGGAAAAGUAAAGAGAAAAUCUGCUGCAAAAAAAUCGAGAAACGUUGAAGGAGAUGAAUUCCGGAAGGUUCCAGUGCCAGCUCACAGAUAUUCGCCGCUGAAACAAGAAUGGAUUAAGAUUUUCACACCGCUUGUCGAACACUUACAACUUCAGGUACGUUUUAAUUUGAAAAGUCGAAAUGUAGAACUCAGAACAUCGUCAGAGACACCGGACAUUUCAAAUCUGCAAAAAGGCGCCGAUUUCGUGAAAGCCUUCAUUUCCGGCUUCGCGGUUGAAGAUGCACUUGCACUCCUACGUCUCGACGAUCUUUUCGUCGAGAGUUUUGAAAUUCAGGAUGUGAAACCGCUGAAGGGUGAUCAUUUAUCGAGAGCAAUUGGUAGAUUAGCUGGUAAAGGUGGAAGGACAAAAUACACAAUUGAAAAUGUCACGAAAACAAGAAUUGUUCUGGCAGACUCGAAAGUUCAUAUUCUCGGUUCAUAUCAAAAUAUUCAAUUGGCGAGGCGAGCAAUUUGUAAUUUAAUUCUAGGCAGUCCGCCAUCGAAAGUUUACGGUCAAUUGAGAAAUGUCGCUAGCAGAGUGGCUGAAAGGUUCUAAUAUUUAAGAGGUAUUUAAAAAUUAUCAUAGAAAUAAGAAUGUUAAUAGUUUUCUAGGUUUAAAUUGAUAAUUAGGAAUUUUUCUUUUCUAAAUAUUUCAACUAAAAAUUAUUAAACUCUAAAAUUUAUUCUGUACAAUGUUUACAAUUCUAUAAAAGAAUUUGAUACUUGUA